AUGUCAGACACAGCCAGCAGCAGUACCAGUAGUAGUGUUACGUCACCUGCCACGUUAGUUGCCAUGUCAGACACAGUCAGCAGCAGUGCCAACAGUAAUGCCACAUCACCUGCCACGUCAGUUGUUAAUCCUGUCUCCAUCUUCAUCAUGGGUGAAAACCCAUCUUCACCAAAUUGCUUCCUCUAUGCCAACAUAGAAUCUGCUAAAACACUAGAAGAACAUGUUUCUAUUAGCAUCGUCGAAAAGCUUGCUCGCCACUCUGAUUUGCCUCCUGAGCGUUGUAUCUUCAAAGUGCAUGAAAAACUUCGAAAGAUAAAUCCAGAUGCAUAUGAACCAGCUAUUGUUGCAAUUGGUCCUUACCACCGAGGAAAAACUAAUCUCCAAGGGAUGGAAAAGAUUAAACUACACUACCUAAAAUCACUUCUUGUACGAAGGAAAGAGACAAGCGCAGAGAGAUACGUAAUUGCAAUGAGGGCACUGGAGGAAGAGGCACGGAAAUGUUAUGCAGAACCCAUCGGCGUCAGUUCAGAAGAAUUCGUGCAUAUGAUGCUUCUUGAUGGUUGCUUCAUCGUUGAACUGGUCCUGAAGUUGUCAAAAAACGUUACAAGAGAUGAAAAUGACCCUAUUUUCAGAACAGAUUGGAUGCCUUACUUCUUAGCGCUUGAUUUGUUUUUAUUCGAAAAUCAGGUUCCUUUUUUCGUUCUUCUCAAAUUAUAUGACUUGAUUGAGGGUCCAAAAGAAGAGCUCGUUAACAUUGCAUUGUCGGCCUUUAACCCCUUAUUUCAAGAUCUAUUGGUCUCCAGAUUUGAUAUGAAUUCUCUUCACAAAGUCCAACAUAUACUCGACUUACUACACAGUAGUAGAUGCCCUCCAUUUGGAAGGAUUGGGAAAAUAACGAGAAGUGAUUGGGAAAGCAUACAAUGUACAUCUCAACUUCAAAAGGCGGGAAUUAAGUUCAAGAAAGCUGAAGGCAGCAGCAACUUGUUUGAUAUUACAUAUUCUAAUGGGACAAUGAGAAUCCCACAUUUAACCAUUGAUGAUUACACAGAGUCCCUCUUCAGAAACCUCAUCGCGCAUGAGCAGUAUGGUGGUAGAAGUAUUGUUUGCUAUAUCACUCAUUACUGCAUGUUCAUGGAUUAUCUCGUUGACUACGCAGAGGACAUUAGUUCAUUGCGUCGUGAUGGAAUUAUCACAAACAGUCUAGGUGGUGAUGAAGUCGUUUCCACCAUGUUCAGCAAGCUUGGAUACAAUAUCAACAUCAAUCCCUAUCAUUUCAGCUAUGCUAACAUUUUCAAUGAUGUGAAUAAGCAUUGCAGGAAACGUCAACAUAUAUGGAUGGCCACAUUAAGGCAUGAUUAUUUCAAUAGUCCGUGGGCAAUCAUUUCCUUUCUUGGAGCCGUUCUAUUGCUUCUGCUUACUAUCAUACAAGCUGUAUUUGGUGUAUGUUCAUUUUUUGUUCACAAAUCUUAGGUUCCUUCGUCUCUUCACUUUUAGCAUAUAAUCCCAAAUAUGUAUAAUCUUAUAUUUUAACCAUUUGAAGUAAUAAAAUCCCAGACCACUAUCAAGGGAAAUUCAGGGAAACUUGUACUAUUUGUGGUUCGCUAUAUCAUAUAUAUUUUGAAG